AGUCCGGGGAUGGCGGAGGGAGGUAGCUUGCUAGGCGGCAAGUGAUUGUCUGAGAGAUGACCUUAGUCGGGGGUCUGCUGUGGAGUCGAUAUGAGCUCGCUUUCCGCGGUUGGGGAUCUUUUCAACUUCACCUCAGGAUUGGGGUCCCUCGAGGGCUAGUGUGGGUUUUCUGCAAUGGUGGGAAGGAAGGGAGGACUCCUAGUUUGAUCCUGAUAAAGUUGUUGCCUUUGUUUGAGAAACAAACUUCCAUCGGGGAUUCUCCUUUUCAGGGUCUAUUUGCUAUUCAAACGAAAACUGCAGACUUGCGUAAAUUUAUCUCCGCUUGUGCUCCUUAUGCCGCAGUUCUGGAGGAUCACUGAUUCUAGUCACCACCUUUUAAGGUUGAGAGAUAAAUGAAGAUUUCAUUUUCAAGAUGGAAAGUCCAUCAAACUCAGCUGUGAUUUUACCUAGCACUCCACAGGCCUGUGAGAUUCCACCAUCUCCCCAUACAAAUAGUUCAAGAAAACAACCUAUGAGCGCAACACUUAGAGAACGAUUAAGGAAAACAAGAUCAUCAUUUAAUUCCUGUUAUAGUGUGGCAAAACGUCUUAAAGUAGAGAAUGAAGAAAGUGAUCAGAUUUUUUCAGAGAAACCAGUAUCUUCAACAGAAGAAAACCGUUUGGAAUUUCAAGAAAGUUUUAAACACAUAGACAGUGACUUUGAAGAAAGUACAUAUUUGAAAAACACCUUCAAGAAUAUCAGUGUAUGUGAAUCUAAAUCACUUGAUAUUGGGUCAUGCAAUGCUCUCCAAAAUGAUUUUGUCAAUGAGAAUCUUCCCAUACAAGGAUUAAAGGAAGAAAAAGCAAAAUUGGUGAAGCAGGUUCAGGAGAAAGAAGACUUUCUCCGGAGGCUAAAACUAGUCAAAAUGUAUAGAUCAAAGAAUGACCUGUCUCAGCUACAGUUGCUAAUAAAGAAGUGGAGAAACUGUAGCCAGCUGUUGCUUUAUGAGUUGCAGUCGGCUAUGUCUGAGGAGAACAAGAAACUAAGCCUUACUGAGUUGAUAGACCACUAUGGGUUAGAUGAUAAAUUGCUACACUAUAACAGGAGUGAAGAAGAAUUUAUAGGUGUUUAAUUCAUAAUUUUUUUUUCCAGAAUUGUCGUUGAGAAUGACACCUUAAUUACCAGAUGCUUAUAUAUUUUACAGGGAAGGUAUAAACCAUUAGGGGUUAACAAAAGGUAUCCUGAUGAACUGUCAGUUUAGGGCACUCUGUUACAUAAAUAUAAACUGAGUUCUAAAAUAUAAAUUUAAUAUUUUGUAUAAAUUUCCCAAAGAAAACUAGACAUUGGAAGACAUGUGAAAACAAAAACCCUUAAAUUAUGUUUAAAAAAUAAUUUGGGCAGUUUCUGGAA